AUGGGUGCCUUAAGUCCUCUCGAUCCGUCUUCCUUUUCACGACCUGAACUGGCCAUCAUAAGACAUAUAUCGUUAGCUCUAAAUGUUGAUUUCGAAAAACGAGUGCUGAACGGAGAAGCAACAUUGACAUUCGAUGUGUUGAAGGACAUCGAUGAUCUGAUAUUAGACGCUAGUAACCUUAAAAUACAUUCUAUCGAGUCUGAGGGAGGGUCACAACUGCAGUACAAAUUGGGUGAAAAUGUUCCUAACUUUGGUUCUAAGUUGACUAUUUUGUUGCCGAAACAAGCUACUAUUGAUGAGAGACUUAAGAUAAAAAUAAAAUAUACGACGGACCCUUCAGCGUCAGCUUUGCAAUGGUUGGAUGCAGCACAAACUUCGGGAAAGAAACAUCCUUACAUGUUCAGCCAAUGUCAGCCAAUCCACGCUCGUUCAAUCCUGCCAUGCCAAGACACACCUGCUGUAAAGUUCACAUACGACGCGGAGGUGACAGCUCCCGAAGAGUUUACAGUGCUGAUGAGUGCAUUAAGAGGUGAAGUGAGAGGCAGCAAAACUACAUUCAAGCAACCCAUGCCACUACCGUCUUAUUUGGUAGCAAUCGCUGUUGGUGUGUUGGAGUCACGAACACUGGGACCUAGAUCGAAAGUAUGGUCGGAAAAAGAAGAGAUAGAGCGUAGCGUGUGGGAGUUCGCGGAAACAGAGAAGUACCUGCAGGCGGCGGAGCGGCUGUGCGGCCCUUACGAGUGGACGCAGUACGACCUGCUCGUGCUGCCGCCCUCCUUCCCCUACGGCGGCAUGGAGAACCCUUGCCUCACAUUUGUCACUCCUACUUUGUUGGCAGGCGAUAGAAGUCAGGCUGACGUCAUAGUACACGAAAUAAUGCAUAGCUGGACCGGCAACUUGGUGACGAACAGGAACUUCGAACACUUCUGGCUUAAUGAGGGAUUCACCGUCUAUUUGGAGAGGAAAGUCGCCGCGUCUCUCAUUAACGACACGAGUGAAGCUAAGAGAAGCCGCGACUUCCACAGCUUGUUGGGUCUUCAGGAGUUGAGCGAAACGGUAGACGAUGCUCUGGGACCUGAAAAUCCGUUAACAAAGUUGGUGGUGGAUCUUCAUAAUGUACACCCUGAUGACGCGUUUUCCACUGUGCCUUAUGAAAAGGGAUCACUGUUUUUGAGGUAUUUGGAAGACCUGUUUGGAGGGCCUGAGGUGUUUGACGAUUUUCUCCGUUCGUACCUAACAAAGUUCAGAAAACAGUCUUUGGAUACUGAUCAGUUUAAAGCAUAUUUAAUGGACUACUUCAAGAAUGACGACAGGUUGCAAAAUGUUGACUGGCAGGCGUGGUUGGACAAGAGUGGCAUGCCACCUAUUAUUCCUGACUAUGACACAACAAUGACGAAGGAGAUCGUGGCUUUGGUAGCUAAGCUCGACAGCCCAAAAGUGAAGUUUUCGUACGGAGACGUAAAAAAGUUUACUCCGCAUCAAAUGAUCCACUUCCUUCAGCAACUCCUUGAGAGGCCUCCUAUGUCGCUUGAACAUGUUCGUAGUAUGGGAAAGGCAUAUAAAGUGGACAACAGUAAGAACACUGAAAUCCAGUACAGAUGGUUGAGGUUAUGCGUCAAAAGCAAGGAUGACAGUAAGCUCAGUGAGGUGUUCAAUUUUGUCAACGGUAACGGCCGUAUGAAAUAUGUUCGACCUUUGUACAGAGAUCUUUACGCCUGGGAGGCAGUCCGUGACCAAGCAAUAGAUAAUUUCCUCAAAAACGAGAAAAAUAUGAUGCAUGUAUCGGCAUACACCCUUAGGAAGGAUCUCCAUCUAAGUGUAACUUCUGUUUAG